AUGGCUCAACCACUCGCCCCCUCUGUCGCACCAGAGUUCGUCUACAAGCUAGUCUCGCCUGCAGCGUCCUUCGACCCCUCAGAUAAGGUGCUACCGCUCUCUGCGCUGGACAAGGCCGAUGGCUUCUACCACCUCUCGACGUCGGCACAGGUCCCAGGCACUGCCAACAGAUUCUUUCCCCGGAGCAAGUUCAGCGACCUGCUGAUCCUCAAGAUCCGCUUCGCAGGAAUUGCACCCCAGGUCAAGUGGGAGGCUGCGCGAGGAGAGCACCCGCCAGAUGCCAGCAGGAUCUUCCCACAUGUAUAUGGCGACCUGGAGCAGGAGCACAUUAUCGGCACCAUCCUCCUCGACUGGGACGAGCAGGCCGGGGCCUGGGACUUUUCGACUGGGUGGGAGGAGCGUGUCCAAUGA